AUGUCUGCUGUCGUCGAGAAGGUUUCCGAAGCCGUCAAUGACGUUACCAACGCUCUGAGCAAUGCCUCUAUCACCGACAAGGCCGCCGAUAAGCCUGCCGCCAACAACGAUGCCGUCCUCGCCAGCGCUGCUGAGGGACGUCGCCUGUACAUCGGCAACCUGGCCUACGCGACAACUGAGGGGGAGUUGAAGGAGUUCUUCAAGGGUUACCUUGUCGAGUCCGUCUCCAUUCCCAAGAACCCUCGCACCGACCGACCUGUUGGCUACGCCUUCGUCGACCUCUCUACCCCCACUGAGGCCGAGCGCGCCAUCUCUGAGCUUUCCGGCAAGGAGAUUCUGGAGCGUAAGGUUUCUGUUCAGCUUGCUCGCAAGCCUGAGCCUGCUGGAGAGAAGGCGGAGGGUGCCAACGGUGAGGGCGCUGGUGAGGGUACCCGCCGCCGACCAUCUGGCCGUGGCCGUGGCCGUGGCCGUGGCCGCGGUGGUCGUGGCGCCCGUGGUGGCCGCGAGGAGGGUGCCGAGGGUGCUGCCGCCCCUGCCGAGGCUGCCGCUGAUGUCCCGCCUACCUCUGAGGUUCUGCCUUUGACCGACGCCACCAACAAGAACACUGACGCCGGAAAGACCGAGAAGCCCGCUCAGAACCGUGCUCCCCGUGAGCGCCGUGAGCGUGGCCCCCCCGCUGAUGGCAUUGCUUCCAAGACCAAGGUCAUGGUCGCCAACCUCCCUUACGACCUGACCGAGGAGAAGCUCAAGGAGCUCUUCGCCGCGUACGAGCCUUCCUCUGCGAAGAUCGCUCUGCGCCCCAUUCCCCGCUUCAUGAUCAAGAAGCUCCAGGCUCGUGGCGAGGCCCGCAAGGGUCGCGGCUUUGGCUUCGUCACCCUGGCCUCUGAGGAGCUUCAGCAGAAGGCCGUCGCCGAGAUGAACGGCAAGGAGAUUGAGGGUCGUGAGAUCGCUGUUAAGGUUGCUAUUGACAGCCCCGACAAGACUGACGAGGAGGCCAAUGCCCCCAAGGAGGAGACCAAGGCCAACGGCACCUCGGAGGCUGCCACUGAGGCCCCUGCCGCUUCUACUCCCGCUGCCGCUGCCGCUGUUGCGACUGCCACCCCCGCUGCCCCCGCUACCACCACCGCCUAA